ACACUUUUCCUCACGGGCUCAGCAGAGCAGAGAGGAGCGGAGCGGACGGGCGGGACACACACGCACACAGCCACACAGCCACAGACACACAGCUCUGUCUGUCUGCGGAGCUCCUCUCCUGGGACAGCUCGUCGGUAGGGUCUGGGCGGCUGCUGAAGGUCCUCAGCGCGUGUACGCGGGGCUGUUCGGAGGAGGAGGAGCCGGGGUCUGGAGCUGUUUCUCCCGGAGCGGAUGCCGCUGAGUCGGACUGAAGGGAACCGAAGGGUGGGACCCGCUCUGAGUGACAUACCACACUGAAAAAGUUAAUAGAUCUGGAGCCUGAGCCAGACCUUGGAGUAGUGGUGAGAAGAGGACAAGGAGAAGCAAUGCUCCAAGAAGAGGCAGGGGCCGAAGGAGGAGACGCCUACAAUGUGUCUCGCCUGCGGAGCUCCUCUCUGGAGAUCAGAGAGAAGGGCACGGAGUUCCUCCGAGAGCAGCUGGACGCAGCACAAAAGGAGCUGAAGAUGAAGGGGGAAGAAUGUGAACGACUUUCGCAUGUGAGAGACCAACUGGAACAGGAACUGGAGGAGCUGACUGCCAGUCUCUUUGAGGAGGCUCAUAAGAUGGUCCGAGAGGCUAACGUAAAACAGGCAGCAGCAGAAAAGCAGUUAAAGGAGGCUCAGGGCAAGAUUGACGUCCUUCAGGCGGAGGUGUCUGCCCUGAAGACGCUGGUGUUGACAUCCACUCCAUCUUCCCCCAACCGCCAGCUCCACCCACAGCUACAGUCUACAGGCUCCAAAGCUGCCUCAUCACGGCACACACGUCACAAGAGUGCUACCUUAACCCUGCCUCAGCUCCAGUCAGAGCCAACCACUGAGCCUACACACACCAGUCGGGAAGAUAAGGAGCUGGACUCUGUAUUAUUUGCUGAGUUUCUGUCGUGGAGGGAGGCUCCGAGUUUGGACCGAUCUUCUGCCUUCAUCAGUCGCAUCUACAGAGAGGACAUUGGGCCCUGCCUCUCCUUCACACGCUCUGAAUUGUCUCAGUCGAUUCAGAGUGCAGUGGAGAAUAACUCUUUGACUAUUGAGCCUGUUGCCAUGACUACACUGCCCAUAGUCAAAGCCUCAGCUAUUGAAUGUGGAGGCCCCAAUGGCUGCCGAGCGCCAGUAGAGACGAAGUGCGCUCUGAGUGGGCUGUCCAGGCCCUGCCGACAUCGCAUUAAGCUUGGAGAUAAGGAGAGUUACUAUUAUAUCUCUCCUUCCAGCAGAGCUCGGAUCACAGCAGUGUGUAACCUGUUUACCUAUAUCAGAUACAUUCAGCAGGGCCUGGUUAGACAUGAUGCUGAGCAGAUGUUUUGGGAGGUGAUGCGUCUGCGGAGGGAAAUGUCUGUGGCCAAGUUGGGUUACUUCCCUACAGACGAAAGCUGAAGGACACCCUGGGCAUGUUGCCAUUCUGUACACACAGCAAGUUUGACAAUAACAUUUGAUCUGACACAGACACUCGUUACUGCUCGUUACCAACAUCUGUUAACGUUACGAGCCGAGCAGAAGGAACGCUCCAGCCCAAAGCAGAAUCACAGCACAGUAGAAGAACAGCUCAGUGAGUGAAAAGAUUUCUAAGCUGGUGUGCUACACAAGCAGUACCCGUCAGUAUUAUACUUGUAUUUUAGUGACUAAACCAAGUAGACAGAAUCGUCACAAUCAGCUUCCACUACACUCCAGACCUCCAGAGCAAAAGUUCUGUGUAAAUCUGAACUUGAACGUGUAAAACAGGCUUUUUUUGUAUUUUAUUUUGUCAGCAGUAAAAUCUCAGAAAUUCAGGUAAACAAACACAAGAACAGAGGAGCAGCACCUAUUUCUCACCUUCGUCUUCUGCUCAGUCUUCCAGGUAAAUUGACAGAUGCACACUGGUGACCUUCCAAAGAGUUUACAGCUGUCAAAGAAUGUUUGCCUCAUUUUGAUCUUGCUUCUGCCCUAACAAGCACUGCUCCACUUUCUCACCCAAGACGCACUGUAUAGAAAUGUUGCAUGAGAUACAUUGUUAAUGAGAGAGGGUACAAAAUGUUUGGCACAGUUUAUAGGUUAUUUUACCCCACUAUGUUAAAGCCAGGGCUGUAUUUAGCUCUGCUAAAGAAUUAGCCAAUAUGUGCCUUAUUUAGGAUUACUAUAAUGGAUGUGUACUUACUUUUAUUUAGGAAGUCUACAAAACAUUUGUACAGGGGCGUUCAGACUUGUACACAGAUUCCCAGACAUAGAACAAACAUAAUUAUCGGCUACAUUUAAAGUCAAUUUAGUAGACAAUCAAUGUUUACUGUCAUUUUGUUCAAAAAGAGGCACAGAGAAACAUAAACCACUGAUUUAUUUUAAUCUAUUUGAAUUAUAUUAAUUAACUUAUAACCAACUUUAUUUCAUGUAUAUACCCCUCAAUUUUAUUCAAGAUGCCACUGGUCACAAUCAUUACCACCCGCUGUGCUGUCCACUGUGGGUGGUAAUGAUGUCUAUGACAUAUCCCCAGUACACCUGUGACACUGUGGAUUGAGGAAAGUUAAAUUCCUGCACAAUGUUGAAUACAGAAAGUCUCCUUCACCCGGCCCACACUAUCAGUCCUUGCUUAAACGCUGACUGUUUACAUCUUUAUGCCUUGAGCACACUGGCCAAUGUUUAACCUCAUUCACAAGAUAACACCUCGCAACGUAUGUAGAUGUGAAUAUUUUCACGUUAUACUCUGAAGUAACACUUCAAUGGGUCUCAUUUACCAACCAUUCUUAUCUUCUUAUUGAGAAGAAAUUUCUUUUAAAACACAGUCCUACAGUUUUCAUGAAUAUUCUGACAUUUAAAAGGGUUUUCUCAUUGGGGAUUUGUUAAAGUAGAACUCUGGAGUAAAAUUGACUUUGGUUGAAGUAAAACAUAAUAUAGAGUACUAACCUUUAUUGAAUAGCCCACCUCUGCUCUCCCGCAGCUUUCCGUAAGGUUGUGCUUUUUGCCCGGCACUCUUUACAACGGGUGCUUUGGGACAUCCUCUUGCCCCUGCAGAUAAAUUGCGGUUUACACAGUUUUACAGGCUUAAAGUAGCUCCAUACCUCAUUGGUAAAAUCCGGAGAGCCCUGAUAUUUAAAACGAGGCACCUGGAGAUUAGGUUACGCUAUGGGUAACCUAACAGUGGUUUUUAAUAAGCUUCUUGUGCACUUUUAAAGUUAUUAAUGCUUCGAGUUAAAUGUCAGGGCUUUCCCGGAUUCUACUUUGAGCCUGGAUAACGGAAUAAAAAGCAAUUUAUCUGCAGGGGCAAGUGGAUGCCCCGAAGCACUUUUUGUAAAGAGUUCUGGGCAAAAAUUUCAAAGUCAAUUUCACACCGGAGUUCUCCUUUAAGUUUGCCAUUAUUCAGUAGUUUAAAAACACAUCAUAAAUCUGAUGCAGAUUUUUGGUUAGAACAGAUUUAUUAUACAAUUUGGAAUUGUAUAGUUGGAAUUAGACUUUUUUGGAAGUUAUUGAUGAAUGAGGCCCAAUGUUGACAUUUGUACUUUUAUAAAUUAGUCUUACAGAGGUUUAAUGAACUACAGUUAGUUCAGAACAACAGUGAGCCUUCUUUGCAAAUUCAUACUUCUGCUAUAGAAAUAGCCGUUCAACAACACUUAUGUUGCACUGCUGCAUUUCAUACACAGAUUAUUAGAGCUAAGGUACACUUUUCUGACAUUCCUCUGUGCAUAAGCUCUUUCUGCCAUCAGUAAAUGUGUGGAUUCGUAGCCAUUUUUGUAACAAAUUGUGAUUUUUGUGCACAGUUACAGUGCAAAAUGAACCUGUUGACAAUCAAUCUGUGUUUGAGCAAAACGGACUCCAGUGUAAUAUAUGUACUGCACAAAGCCAUGCAAACUUGAAUACUUGUUUUAAUAGAUUUUGCUGUUUCACAACCAAUCCCACCUCUAGGUUAAUGUCAAGAAUGAGACUGACAUAUAAUACACUUGUCGACAAAAAAUAAACACACUGUAGGAUUGAUGCAAAUUUAUGUAAAUGAUUACAGGUGUGGUCAGUAAAGGCACUGGGUAUUCCCACAAGAGGAUAUAAAGGACAUCCUUCUCCUAGAUCCCAAUACAAAAAAAGGCUCUCAGGGGAUACUUUUGGGUAGUGUACUUUCUGGUGAAAGAUCGUGGACUGCUAGACAUGCCACUAGAAUUUAACCCCAUUGACAGAUUUAGAGUUUGGUCUGGCUCUACAGGCCCAUCUGUGGCCAAAUUUUCUGAAGGAGGCCAUACAGAACGUCUAUGCCUGCAUGCCCAACUCAGACGUGUAUGAAUUACUGAAGACAAAUAAGAGACUUGAGUAGAAGUUGAAGUGUUUUUUAAGCUCCAAACUUAAGUGGAAGAACUAAAAUAUUUAACAUUUUUGUAUUUAAGCAAUGCAGGUAGUUCAUUCUAAAAAGUACUGAAAGUAAAAGUACAGUAUUGAAGUUCUUACAGAAAGCAGUUAAAAGGUUUGAAUAUAAUAUUGCAGAUCAGCUUAAUCGCUUGUGUUGCACAGUGCUGAGGAGCUUCAUCAAACCUGACAGUGCCAUGAACCACUCCGUAUAAUACUGUAUAUUACUUCAGCAGAGUACAGAUACAGCAUUUUAGUACUUAAGUGCAGUAGUGAAGUAGAUAAACAUUGUUACUUUACAUCUCUGGGCCAACCAUAUUAUCUUGUGUCCAGGCUAGAGGCAGCCUAACAGGGUACUAGAGUCUCCUUUCAGUUGUCCAAUUUUCAAUGUAUACUUUAGGAUCAAUAUAGUAAUAACUUACACAAAUUUUCAUUUAUUUUUUCUAACAUCUUUACUGUGUGUAUUUGUUUUUUGUCAAUGAGUGUUUGUCAUAUCAACAAUGGACUUCAUUUCUGUGUGAAAUGUGAAAUGUUGCCUAACACUAGUUAGUUUGUAUAAAACCCGAAAGCAACAUUACAUGUAUAAUUAAUACACAAUAUUUUAAACAUGUAUUCAAGUUUACAUAAUUAGACAUUUUUACCCUUACUUAUAAGCUGAACUGCCUUGAGAGAGGAGGAGAACUCCUUACACUCCAUAAAUGAAUGAAUAUGCAAUAAAAGAUUGAAUGGUCUGAAUGAA